GUCACAUCUUGUGGCAUUGCAGUAACAAAAUCUGCAAGUGGGAGUCAUGGCCAUGGAAACAACAAGAGUGAGAAAAAGUGUUAUGAUACUUCUACUCUACCUGACUUUGUCUGCCAUUUCUCUCACUCAAUGUGAUGCAGAAAGAUCAAUGAAGGUAUUAAGAGGUCUCAAAGAUAAAAGAAAUUCAAGCAAGAACAAAAACCCAAAGAAGUUGAAAACAGUUAAAAAAUUAGUUGAGAAUCCAACCGUUUUCUCAUCAAAUGUAGAACCAUAUAGUCUUAGCUCGCCAUUCUCUUUGCCCCCUUAUGAAUCACUGGCUCCAGAAAACAGCCCUCCAUUUUGUGUGUUCCCACCACCAGGCACUCCUCCUUCCACCACCAUGCCGUCCCCCACAGGCUUUCAACCCACAACGCCGUCACCACCUGACUUUUACACUUCACCAGUUAUCCCAACCCAAAACCCCCCUCCAAAUCCCCUAAUCAUAACACCAGGCCCACCCACUAUCACGCCGGGCUCGCCUGAGCCCGUGCUCAAUCCUCCCAUCAUUAUCCCAAGUCCACCAGACACCUCAAUGGGCCCACCUUACUUCGAGCCCAGCCCACCCUACUUUGAGCCCACCCCACCUUUCAUAAUCCCUUCCCCCACAGGUGGCAUUACCCCAGGCCCACCAACGAUAAUCCCUUCCCCAACAGAAGGCACUCUCCCAAGCCCACCGAGCACUGUGCCAUCCCCAACUGAAGGCAGUGUCCCUGGCCCAGGUGUGUUUCAGCCACCUGUGGUGUACCCUCCACCAAGUGUGCCACCACCUCCGAACUAUGCCCCAAGGAUCACCUUGUGGUGUGUGGCUAAGCCCUCGGUCCCAGACCCAAUCAUCCAAGAGGCCAUGAACUAUGCCUGCUGGUCUGGAGCAGAUUGCACCUCAAUUCAGCCCAAUGGGCCCUGCUAUGAGCCCAAUACUGUGUACGCACAUGCUUCAUAUGCUUUUAAUAGUUAUUGGCAACGGACUAAAGGUGCUGGAGGCAAUUGCGAGUUUGGAGGGACAGCCAUGCUAGUUGCUGUUGACCCCAGCUUCGAUGGGUGUCACUUCAUCUACAACUGAUAGAUGUGUUUUUGCCCUAACAAUGUUUGAAGAGUGAAGACUCUCUUUUCAUAAUCUCCUUUUUUGCUGUGCUAAUAAGUUACAUAUGUAUGAAUGUUACAGUGAAUUAAACGCAGAGAUUUUGCAUUUUGUAAGUAAUGUACAUCACAUUGUAAUUUCUCGUCACCGUUUGAUUAAAUUAAUUCCUUCACUACCACCAAAAUGAUAACCUUGUACAACAAAUACGUAUAUUAUGUUAUAUUCGGU